CUCUGCACACUCUGCUCCUGCGUGUGGCGGCGAAAUCUGAAUCUCAACCUCUCAUCGCCGAUCGAGAAAUCCAAAACCCGUCAGUCGAGAGAAGAGCAAAAAAAGAGAGGUACCGUGUGCUCUUCAUGUUCGGCCUAACGUCCGGGAAGUGCCUUCUUGAAGUGCAGUCGGUCACUACUCCGUCGGAGUGUGUUGUUGGCCUCUCUUCAAAACUUACUUAACGCAAAUCCAGCAAACGACACCCACUACCUCAGGUAACUCCACAUGACAAUCACCGCCGGUCGGCCUAUACUAUCUUGAAUGUCCGGCCCAGGACAUUCACGGCCGCUGCUUGCGGCUCGCUCCUCGUCUGGCGAUGCCUCCAAAGAGGGCGGCACUACUCCGCCUGCUGCUUCUCAUCGACCCUCCGGCGGCCGUCCCAAGCGCACCCUCAUAGAAAGCGCGUGUUCUGCUUGCCGGCGCAGGAAGUCUCGAGUGAGUGCAGUGCUCGCGCCCGUCCCCCACCACCACCACCGCCUUUCGCUGACAUGAAAGCCCAGUGCGACGGUAUCCGGCCCGCUUGUUCGCGCUGUCAAAAUCUCCGUACUGAGUGCCAGUAUGAGGCAGAGGAAGGCGAGAGUCGAUGGUCUGCCCUUCGGCGCCGAAACCAGAUUCUCGAACAGGAACGAGACCAAAUUCGCGAACUUCUGGCCUUUGUACAGAUGAGACCGGAGCCCGAGGCCUUGGAGAUCUUCCAGCGGAUUAGGACAAGCUCCUACGAUGACAUCUUCACUCUGCUGCGGCAAGUACAAGACAACUCCUAUGCCAGUCAACCGAAUCUGCAGCACACCACUAUGCCACCGGCGACUUCAGGAAGCGAUCAACGGCUUCCCCCCAUACAGACCAUUUUGGAUGUAUCAUCUCAGCAGCCGGUGCUGCCGAGCCCAGGACACCCCCAUCACUCAAACCACGCCCUCCUGGUUCAUAGCCAUUCCGUCAGCUCCGACGAUAGCAGAAAGUCGUCAAUUCCGGAGUAUACUCCGGGUCCUCCUGGUGCACCCCUACCUCACCUCCAUGUACUCUCGACUCUCGAACCGUCUCUGCACCCGUCUCAACAGCAUGGCUCCCAUCAUCCUGUUCAUACCCCGCCUCUUGUAGGUGGUAAACCGAGUCUGAGUUCGGAGGAUAGCACUGGAUCCAUGAGUUCCAAUGCUGGUUACGGUCUGGACCAUUCCCAUCACCCCUAUCACACUCCAUGACUUCAUGGCCCUGUUACAGGCUCGUGGUCACAAGAAGCCGCCGACGCAGGGUCAUCUGCCCUACGCCACAAUAAGCGACUUAAAGUCGCCUCCGAACUAUGGUAGGCACCUGGAGGACUUUGCAGUGCAACAACAUGCUUCGACACACUGUCCACAACAGUACCCAACGGCGGACGAUUGAAAACCGACGUUGUUCAUUUGCGCCUUGUUGCAUUGCGGUGCAAUGUUAGGAAGGCGGAAGCUGCAACUUCUCGGAUCAGGCUUCCUAAAACGGCUUGUUGGAAUGUGUGGCCUGAGGCCUUCCGUGCGCGUGGCUUAAUGUAAGAAAGUUAUGCGCCAGAUCUUGGCUUGGUUGUGGAUGCGAUGUGGAUGGCUUCCGCGAUGAGAGAGUGCCAAGUAGAAUGAGCGACUACGGUACAUUCGGCCCUCGAAGCAAUUGUUAUCUGAUCUGUAGUACCUAAUCGUUGAUCGUGAAGUAAAAAUUUCACAGCAUGACCAGC